UUAAACCUUGUUGUUCUUCUUCUUCUUCCCAAACCCGUGGUUUCAACCUUUUUGUUCUAGAAUCUCCCCCAAAUCGUGUUCCUAUUCAAAUUCCACCCAAUUUUCACCCUCAAUCUUCUCCUCGCAUCUUCUUACCUUCCAUAUCCAGAUUCCACACAAUUUUUCCUGUUUAUCGAUAUCUAUUUUCUUCAUUAGCUCAACAAAAUCUCUCAAUUUUCGUUUUGGGAAAUUUCGAUCUGUGUGUUGAAGCUCGGUGAAGAUCAGUGGUGGUUAUUGGUGGUAGCAGUAGCGUUAACGGUGGCAGUGAUGGUGGAGCUGGAACGAUGAAGAGAGAUGGAUGAUUUUGAGAAAUAAUGCUGUAUUUGAAGCAGCCUAUAGUUGAGGUUAUGGGUUUGAAUUUUUGGGUUUGUGAGAGUUUUACAGCAUUGUGAGGAUUCUGAAAAUUCAUUCAGUGUUUGUAUGCCAUUUUGGUAGUGGCAGAAAAUUCCCUGAGCUUGUGGCUCGGGGGAUCUGAAUUUCAUGGCGUCGUCAGAGAAUGAAGCUUCUCACUCUCCUCCUGCUCCUGCUUCUCAAGUUUGUAUGCAGAAAUUUAGGCUAUAUGAGACUCGAUCGAACUUUUACAUGAUAGGAAGGGACAAGAGCAGGGCACAUUGGAGGGUACUAAAGAUUGACCGUCUAGAUCCUUCUGAGCUAAACUUGCGUGAAGAUCCCACCACAUAUACAGAAAGAGAAUGUUCUGAUCUUUUGAGACGGGUACAUGAGGGGAACAAAUCCACGGGUGGACUGAAAUUUGUUACAACUUGUUAUGGAAUUGUUGGGUUCAUCAAAUUUUUGGGGCCUUACUACAUGCUGCUUAUCACAAAAAGAAGGCAAAUUGGUGCAAUCUGUGGUCAUACAGUGUAUGGCGUCUCGAAGACUGAGAUGAUUCCAUUGCCAAAUUCUUCAGUUGGGUCUAGCAUCAUCAAUUCUAAAAUUGAGAACAGGUACAAGAAGCUCCUAUGCACAGUCGACCUUACAAAGGAUUUCUUUUUUAGCUACUCAUACCACGUUAUGCGUAGUCUUCAAAGGAACUUUUGUGAUAAUGAGACAAGCCAUGUCCUUUAUGAGACCAUGUUUGUCUGGAAUGAGUUCUUAACACGAGGAAUUAGGAAUCACCUCCAGAACACUACUUGGACUGUUGCACUAGUUUAUGGCUUUUUUAAACAGGACACACUCAUGAUAUCUGGACGGGAGUUCAUACUCACGCUAAUCGCUAGACGAUCACGUCAUUAUGCUGGCACUAGGUAUUUGAGGCGAGGUGUUAAUGAGAAGGGCAGAGUAGCAAACGAUGUUGAGACAGAACAAAUGGUCUUUGAGCAUGUUCCGGAAGGUCUUCCAAUCAAAAUUAGCUCUAUUAUCCAGAACCGUGGUUCAAUCCCUCUAUUUUGGUCACAAGAGACUUCACGUCUAAAUAUUAAACCAGAUAUUAUAGGUAUGUCUUCCCAUUUUAAGAAUAUUAUUACACUUAGCAGAGUUAUUUUUCUCUUCAACUUUGUUGUAUUGGAAUCCUUACUUUUGCUGAUGCAAUCAUUUAUUUCUUCCCCAGUGUCAAAGAAGGAUGAGAAUUAUCAAGCCACCAGACUUCACUUUGAAAAUCUUGUCAAGAGAUACGGGAAUCCCAUAAUAAUUUUGAAUCUCAUAAAGACCCAUGAGAAGAAGCCUCGUGAGUCCAUACUUCGAACUGAAUUUGCUAAUGCCAUAGAUUUCAUUAAUAAAGAUUUGCCUGAGGAGAACAGGCUUAGGUUCCUUCACUGGGAUCUGCACAAACAUUUUCAGAGCAAAGCUACAAAUGUGUUGCAGCUUCUGGGCAAAGUGGCUGCGUAUGCGUUGACAUUAACUGGUUUUUUCUAUUGCCAAGCUACAUCAACCUUGAGAUCAGAGGACUGUCUAAAUUGGCCACCUACGGAAAAUGUUGAUAAGGGAAGUGAUUCACCUACUAGUCAUUUUGAUUGUGAUAAUGAGGAUGCUGAUCAUUUAGAGAGAAAACCGAGUGAAGGAAACAAUGUUUCAAAUGCAAAUCAUUGUGUCAAACCACAAAUGUUGCAUAGACUGCAAAGGGGGGUCCUCAGGACCAACUGCAUAGACUGCCUGGACCGCACAAAUGUUGCGCAAUAUGCAUAUGGGUUGGCUGCUCUUGGCAACCAGCUUCACGCGCUAGGAGUUAUUGACCACCCAAGAAUUGACCUUGAUGACCCAGUAGCUGAUGAUUUGAUGAAGUUUUAUGAGCGGAUGGGCGACACACUUGCACAUCAGUAUGGUGGUUCUGCUGCACACAACAAGAUAUUCUCUGAGAGGAGGGGCCAAUGGAGGGCUGCAACACAGUCUCAGGAGUUUUUCAGGACACUUCAGCGUUAUUACAGCAAUGCUUACAUGGAUGCUGUGAAACAAGAUGCAAUUAAUGUAUUCCUGGGGCAUUUUCAACCACAACUGGGCAAGCCUGCUCUAUGGGAGUUGGGUUCAGAUCAGCACUACGAUACAGGGAGGCUUGGAGAUGAUGAUGCAAGGUCGAUUUUCAAAAGAUCCUUCUCAGAUGGAAACAUUCUUCGUGAAAUUUCUACACCUAUGUCAGCUCCAAAUGCCAAGCAAGAGAACUUCUCAAACCGUCAUUUACCAGACCGAUCACAAGAAAAAAACAAAGCUCUUUGCGAGUCAUCACCUGAAAUAUCUUCUACUGAGAGUGACAUUGCAUUUUCAAGGUACACUCCUUCUUUGCCUCGGAGACAGCUUUUUGGAGAGAUGCAAAGAGAGCGCAGCCUUGAAGGUGAUCAUAUAUAUUAUUCUGAGCAUGGGGAUUCCUUUAGCUGCUCCAACUUUGUUGACCUGGAUUGGUUAUCUUCUUCUGGAAAUUCAUGUGAAGAAGAGCAAUUUGAGAGGUCAUCCAUAACCAACUCUCCGAUUGCUGGUGUUUCUACGGAAAAUGUUAUCAGUGGGGUGAUGGUAGGGGAAACAACUGUCUCCACUAGUGAUCUGGGCGGCUCUAGCCUGAAGGGAAGGGAGCAAACGGAAUCGAAGUUAUCCUACAACAACGGACGGUCCAACACGCCAGAGGAAUUUCCAGAUACUUUUGUGAACUGGGUGACUUAUGGACAGACACUUUGCCAUUGAACUUCUGCAGCAUAUGAUCCUUUGCACUAAUUGACAUUUUUUUGAUUGACUUGGCCUGCUCUAAUGUUGCUGAUCAGUAGAGAGUAGAGAGAGCUUAUGCUCGGUAGUGACAUGCAGCAACAUUGUUUUCUGUCGUGAAAAUCUCAAUCAAAUCCUGAAAACAUAGCAGAAAGUAGUACGUAGCAAGUGGUUGUAAAAUUCUUCCUUGUCUUGUUUCUCGUUGUUGCUCCGCCGGAGUUCUCUGUUUUUCAUCUUUCUUUCAGCAGUUGAAGAUUUUAGGACGGUGCGUGUUUUUGUAAAUAUUGUUAGACCCUGCUUGUGGGAGCUUCACUUUUAGACUUGUAGAUAAAUUUGAUUCUUUUACAGUUUUUGCUUAUUGUAAUUCAUGCUGGGGGUCAUUCAUACCUAGCGUUACUACCUGGCUACACCUGAAGCAGUUGUUUCUGAGUUAUUCCGAACCUCCAAAA